CGCUAGGAGCUCUCGGUGUGACAGUGGCGAGCCCGGCUUCCCGACAGCUCCGAGCGAGCGCAGGUCGGCUUCUGCCGCAAGCCCCUCCUCGCCCUUCCUUCCCACCGCCCGCCGUCGGGGCAGCCAGGUUUUCAAUUUCCACCUUCUCCUCCAGCUCUCUCUGGCCCAUCAAUCUGACUGAGAGAAGGGUGCCCACUUUUGGUCUUACUGACUCGGGAGGUGGUGGUGUUUUGUUUGAAAUCCCUGUUUCAGGGGAGGGGGCGUGGCAGGGAAGGAUGAAGAACUCGGUUCCUUUACUCUGCUUCUGGAGCGCCUAUUGUUGCUUUGCGGCGGGAAGCCCCACACCCUUUGGUCCCGAGGGACGGCUGGAAGGUGAACUUCACGAGUCCAGGAAGGUCCAAGCUGUGUCCAAACCGUCUGUGAGUUUUAACCUUCGCACCUCUAAGGACCCAGAGCAUGAAGGAUGCUAUCUUUCCCCGGGCCACAACCAGUCUUUAGAAGACUGUGGCUUCGACGUGACAGCCAAAACCUUUUUCAUCAUUCAUGGAUGGACGACGAGUGGCAUGCUUGCAAACUGGCUGUACAAACUCGUGUCAGCCCUGCAGAUGAGAGAGAAAGACGCCAAUGUAGUGGUAGUUGACUGGCUGCCCCUGGCUCACCAGCUUUACAGAGAUGCUGUCAAUAACACAAGGAUGGUGGGUCACAGUGUGGCAAGGAUGCUCGACUGGCUGCAGGAGAAGGAUGAUUUUUCUCUAAGAAAUGUUCACUUGAUUGGCUAUAGCCUCGGAGCCCAUGUGGCUGGGUACGCUGGCAACUUUGUGAAAGGAACAGUGGGCAGAAUCACAGGGCUGGAUCCUGCUGGGCCCUUGUUUGAAGGGGUGGACAUCAACAAGAGGCUCUCCCCUGAUGAUGCGGACUUUGUGGAUGUUCUGCACACUCACACAGGAACCUUUGGCUUGAGCAUUGGGAUUCAGAUGCCUGUGGGCCACAUUGACAUCUACCCCAACGGGGGUGACUUUCAACCGGGCUGUGGAUUCAAUGAUGUCUUGGGAUCAAUUGCAUAUGGAACCAUCACGGAGGUGAUGAAAUGUGAGCACGAGCGAGCGGUACACCUCUUUGUGGAUUCCCUCGUGAAUCAGGACAAGCCGAGCUUCGCUUUCCAGUGUACAGACUCCAACCGCUUCAAAAAGGGGAUCUGUCUCAGCUGCCGGAAAAAUCGUUGCAAUAGCAUUGGUUAUAAUGUUAAGAAAAUGCGAAACAAGAGGAACAGCAAAAUGUACCUAAAAACACGGGCAGGCAUGCCCUUCAGAGUUUACCAUUACCAGAUGAAAAUCCACAUCUUCAGUUACAAGAACAGAGGAGAGAUCGAGCCCACCUUUUAUGUUACCCUCUAUGGCACCAAUGCAGACUCUCAGAUUCUGCCUUUGGAAAUAGUGGAGCAGAUCGGGCUGAAUGCCACCAAUACUUUUCUGGUCUACACUGAGGAGGACUUGGGUGACCUCUUGAAGAUCAAACUCACCUGGGAGGGGACGUCACAGUCCUGGUACAACCUGUGGAAGGAGCUCCGCAGCUACCUGUCUCAACCCAGCAACACCAAGUGGGAGCUGCAUAUCCGGCGCAUCCGAGUCAAGUCUGGGGAGACCCAGCGGAAGCUGACAUUUUGCACCGAAGACCCUGAGAACACCAGCAUAUCCCCUGGCCAAGAGCUCUGGUUUCACAAGUGUCGGGAUGGCUGGAGAAUGAAAAAUGAAACCAGUCCAACCAUGGAGCUGGUCUAAGGGUGCCUGGACGUGUUGCCCGCACGCGUAAACCAACCCCGCCGUCCAGCCGUCCGUGCACAUGGAGCAAAGUUACUGCGGAGGACCCACCCAGUGAAGGACUCCUCUUGGACUUGACCUUGGAGCCCCUGGGCCCACCUCUGUUGCCUGUGAGGGUUGCCACUUGCUGCAUGAGGAGACUGCUCUGCUGAAGCACCAGUUGCCGCUCUAGAUGAAGUCUAACUCCAAACCUCCAUUGAUGUCCCUGGGAGCCAAGGCCAGACCUGUGUGGGAGCAGCAGAAUUCCCGGGGCCCUCGAGCACACCCAGCAAUCUCCCAGUGGCUGGGUGAACCCAGGCUUUGCCUGACCCCAGAAGGCUGGCUGGGCAGUGGCUGUGCUUGGCCUGACUUGGGACUUAGUGAGAGGUCUUUUCCUCCAGAGCUGACUCAUGUCAGGAUGGCAGUCCUCUUACCUCACUGGCCCAAAGAGGGCACCUUAGAUCUCGCCUGGGGCUGAGGCCCUGCUGUGGGAGUUCCCACGGGCUGCACUGGUCAAUAGUGGUUGUAUCUUAGAGCUUCCGUCCAGCUCCUUGCUCACCCUCUGAAGCACACAUCAUCCGCUCUCUCCUGUUUCCAUGGUUCAUCUCUUGAUUGAACAAGUGCUUAUUGGGCAUUCAAUUAGCUCGUGGCAGUAGACAUGUUACUCAGCCUUUCUCUUUGGAAGCUCAUGGGGUUAGUGUUUACUAGAAUCCCUUCCAGUUUAGUGACCCAUGGGAUUCCAUGUGGUAAAAGACAGGAGGGGAAUGGGGUGGGCUACAAGCUGUAAGAGUUGGGGACUGAGGCUUUAAGUGGUUCCUUUCUAUUUCUUUUUAGUUAACAGGUGCCAUUUCCUCCAAGAGUGACAAUUCAAUCACUAGCUGUUUAUCAUACACACAGGGACCACAUGGCCAAUUGCUAGACAGGGUUGGGAUCUAUUAGAUGUUACAUAUGCUCUACAUACUGUUUAUUCAGAAACCUGGGGCUGAGGAUGCAUGUCGAGUGCUUGCCUAGCACAUACAAGGCCCUGGGUUAGAUUCCCAGGACAGCAAAAAGUCAAAAAUGAACCAACCCUAUGUUAUAGAAAGUAUCCCCUGUCAGCAGAGCUAAGAGUUAACACAGUGCUUUCCUUCUUGAAAUAUCUUGCUUUCACACCAAUGCAUUUAUGCUAUUGAGCUUGGAAAAGCCUUCAGUUCUGGAUCUUGAUUUGAAUGAAGAAACAUGAUAGAUGAGCAACCCUUUUAUACUGUUCAAACCAUUUGCAUGUGUGUCACCUGGAGCAAGGUGAGCAGGCAGCUAUUAUUAACCUUAUUUUAUAAAAUCAGGGCUUACUAAGAUUCAGCUACAUGCCUGGGAUUACAUACCAAGCUGGUGGUGGAGCUGGGCCAAGGAUCCAGAUUUCCUGGAGGCAAAGUUCAUGGUUCACUCAUCUCCGAAACUUCAUGGAGCUCUCUAUAGCCAAUUCCUGCCAAUAUGCCCCAGAUGUGACAAACAUGGAAUCCUUCCGGAGCCAUCCAUAAAACCCCAAACUCUUUUAUUAACAUAUAACCAGGAGAAACCUGUGCCAAGAGGUUGGGUUUUUUAUGGGUGAGAAUUAUUUGGGAGGAGGUGUGCUAUCAGGUGGAGGUGGGACAGCAAUUUUCUUUGUACUUAGAUUUUUUUUUUUUUUAAAGGACACUGUUUAAAUUUGCACUGUGCCAAAGUUGUGUCACUGUUGGAUGCCAAACUUCUGAAGACAUAACCAGUAAAGCCUUAAUUCAGAGUGUGCUCCCCA